AUGGCUAACGGAAAUUUAGAGAGGACUGGAUUACCUUACCUGCAUCAUGGUUGCAAACCACCGAUAGUCCAUAGAGAUGUCAAGUUCACCAACAUCUUGCUCAAUGGAAAUUUUCAAGCAAAAAUAGCUGACUUUGGGUUGUCCAAAGUUUUUCCAACAGAAGUUGGUACCCAUAUUUCAACAGCAGUUGCUGGCACUCCUGGAUACCUGGUCCCUGAGUAUUACACCUCCAAUAGGUUGACCGAGAAAAGUGAUGUUUAUAGCUUUGGAAUUGUGCUUCUAGUGAUAAUCACAGGACAACCAGCAAUAACAAUAUAUGACGACAACAACAUACACAUAAGUCGAUGGGCCAAUUUAAAGCUUGCAGGUGGGGACAUGAAAAAUAUUCUAUUUGGGGAUUUUGAUAUCAAUUCAGCCUGGAAGGCAGUGGAACUUUCAAUGGCAUGUGUAGCCCGCACGCCCAAGAGAAGACCAACCAUGAAUGAAGUGGUGAUUGAGUUAACUGAUAGUUUGGUAGAAAUGCAACCUUUUCUGAAAAGUGUUGCUAAAAAUGUUGUUGGAAAAGUGUUGCAUCAAAUUCUCAUGGUGCAGGAGCUUCAACAACAACAUCACUAG